AUGGCACCUGCCAGUUUGGUUCUUGCCUGGUUACUGUUCACCAUGAGGAUGGUCACCUCGGCAGAGUAUCUGCAGCCUGAGGAGGAGGAGCUCAAUGAAACUGUCAUUUGUACAAACGACCAUAUGGAGGUCGUUAUUCCCAGUGCUUUUUUCCUCAACAAAGUGCCUCCAGUUUAUGUUUGGGAUUUGCAUCUAAAUGACCCAGAGUGCCGUGGCGUUGAGGUCGGGGAUGACUACGUUUUCAGCAUAAAGACCAACCUCUCUGACUGUGGAACGAUAAUGGCCUCAGACGACACACACAUCAUGUUCAUAAACACGAUACACAACAACGAUACAGAUGUUAUAACCAGAAACUACAUCAACAUAACGUUUGUAUGCCGCUACCCCAUCAACUACCUGGUCCAACAACCCAACGGUGAGAACAUGAUUAGAGUUGACGUCAGAACCAUCACUCUGAACACAGAGGACGGGAACUUCUCCGUGUCGAUGUUACUGUACAAAGAUGAGGCCUUUGAGGACCAAUGGACCACUGUGCCGUCACUGACGCUGGAUGACAACAUCUUUGUGAAAGUUUUUAUGAUACCGGCUCACCUGGCGCUGCGUACGGAGAGAUGCUGGGCUACACCAACCAGUGAUCCGUACAGCAACAUUCAGUACACCUUCAUCCGGGACAGCUGCCCGGUGCUGUCCAAUGAACAGACCCUGAGUGUGCUGAAGAACGGCCAGGGCCCGGAGGCCUUGUUCAGGAUACAAAUGUUCAAGUUUGUCGGCAGCUCUUACACCAACGUCUUCCUCCACUGCAACGUCCAGAUCUGCCACAACACCCCGGGGCUGUGCCAGCCUAACUGUUCUGGUGAAGGUGCAGAUGAACUGAUCAGGAUACGGAGAGACGUCCCUCUGUCCCAUACAGUGUCUUAUGGACCAAUCAGACGACUGCCAAACAACAGUGAAAAGCCCAAUCUGAAUGCAGGCGGAGUCCCCCCUGUGGAGACAUUUGUCCUCGGAGGGCUGCUGGUGGUCCUGCUGCUGAUCACAGGCGUGUUUGGGAGGCUGUGGCUUCGCUCCAGACGUUUCUACCCGGCGCGGGAGGCGCAGCUCACCCUGUCCAACAUUCACCACAUCUCAGAGGUGGCCUCGUGA